UCAAUGCGUAAUGAAAACUUAAAUCAACUUGUUCCAAGAAAGAAGGCAUUACGGAUAAUAACUAACAAUAAAAACAAUGGCGCCUUUAGAAGGAGUUAUCCAACUAUACAAGGGGAUAUUACCAGCACAGCGGAGCAGAUCAUUGCGCACUUCGAUAACACUCGUGCGGACUUGAUGGCGAACGGAGUCUGUCGAUUCUGUAAGAAGACGUUUUGCUGUGCGAAAUGUCGCGAUCGCCACGUGGACAAGGUGCACCCCAACGUGAAUGCCGACUGUUCCUUAUGUGCCUCUGAGAUAUUGCCAUUGCGACAGUGCGAGUCCACGAAACUCAACUUGGAGGACGAGAAAUUGCUAUCUCAUAUAGUGGACAACCACUUGCCGUUGCGUUGCCGGCUGUGCGGUGAUUUGUUUGAAUCCAGAGAAGAUUUCAAGUUUAUUGCUGCAUGUAAGUGGUUUGAACGCUGGCAUUGUCUGACGUCGCCGUCCGGACACGAACACCUCGGGAAGAAAUCGAAGCAGUACUCUGUAAGCGAGAGCGACUGCAACGGCAGUACAUUUUGCACGCCACCGGAAAUCUAUCGGAAGACCAGCACGCCGAUGCUACUUGGCCAAAAGGCUGACUUCGAGACACUCUGCGUGCCGGAAUUCAGCUUCAAAACGCCCAAUUCGACGAAUUCGCAGUCAAUCGCACAAAUCCCGUCAAUCUCAAAGACGAGCGAUACGCAGUUCUUCAGUUGCCUGCUGUCCAGCUCAAACGAAAAGAUGACACCCUUCAGGACCUGCGGGGACGAGCAAUUUCCUAGGAGUAAUUCCGGUAGGAAACUGACCAUCACGGAGGAGGAGGAUAAUAUUGCGCACGACGAUGCCGGGAAAACAACUGCGAACGUGAAGUGUCCUCGUAUCGAAGUGUCCUCUCACACGGAUAUGGACUUGACGAGGACCGAGGGCGGCAUCCUGCAGCAGGACUCGCCGAAGACAGACGAUGUCCGCGAGGACGUCGUGAAGAAGGUGAGGUUCUCCGAUCAGUAUAAAACCGCGGCGGAGCUUAAGAACCUGACGGAGCCCUGCGUGCGAACUGUUCUCAACAUGUCGGAGGAGGACGAUUUUCAUGACGCUCAUAAUGCGUCUAACGCGCAAAAGGCGAAGGCCACGAAGGCAGAAGACACGAAGGACGCAAAGAGCGCAGCGGACGUGAGCGGCAUGGAAGACGUGAACAACGUGGCAGAUGUGAAGAACAUGGAUAACAGCCGUAAAGCGGAGGACAGAAAACGCUCUUUAGUACCCAGUACCUCGGAUUCUUUAAACAAUUCGCAGAUCAGGAUUAUUCGGGACAACACGAAGAAUAUGAAGAAGGAGAAUCCUGAAGUGAGCAACGUGGAUUCGUCAACUGCGAGUCAAGUGAUUCACGGGGACUCCAAGAGGGUGGUGAUGAUGGUGGUGUUGGAGAGCGACGUAGGAGGGCUGACCACCGAUCUGAUGCCCCUGAUCAGCUCAGGUCUGAAGAAGCUGCAGGAGCAACUCACGUCAGCGAAUUGUCAGCCACCUUCGAAUGCGGCCGAGUCCGCUAAGGUCUGCAGAAGAUCAAUUACGACGAUGAAGAUGAGCGUCGAGAGCGUCGAGAACUACUCCACGAACGGCGCGGCGACGAUGACGAAUCGCGGGCAGCUCGUGUCUCCUUCUUCUUCGUCCGUACAGAGCGACGAGACCAUCAGUAACUCUGGUGGGUUCCUGUCGACCGUCUCCCAAGCUAUGAAGCACGCCUUGAGAAGUUUUUCUGUUUCAAGCUUGAGAAUACCGAGAAGCAUUGAGGCAACUGAAGUAAUUCGGCGACAAGAGAUCGUCGAGGAAAUAACAGCCACGCCGGGACCAUCCAGCGAUGCCAGCCAAGUUCGUCGUAACAAACGGUCCCGCGAGGUAUCCUCGAGGGAAGAUCCAGUUCCAUUUGCACUGGACACAAGGAGCCCCCUCGCAAAACGUCACAGAGGAUGGUAUAAGAUGAUCAGGGGACGACAGCCGAUUAACAGAAUGCGGAACAAUCGCGUGACAUCGCCCAGGGGAGUGUCCACGGAGACGCAGAUUUUCAGUCAAGGAUCCCUGACGGUGGGCGACACGGUCCUGCCGCUUCCUACAAGAGCCCAUCAAUCCACAGAGUAACAAUGUUUCUUAUAAAAAAAAUAGAGAUUUCAUUGGACCAAGCAUUAAGUUAAUUAAGUGAAACCGAUUUUGUAAAGUUAUUUCUGAAAAUUUUUUCUUAUUGAAUUUUGAAAAAUUUGAUAGAUUUGAUGAAUGAUGAAACCAAAUCUUGACAAAUUUAUCUUUUAUAUAUUAAAAUCGUGACGUAUAGGUAUUGAAUGAGAAAU